GUCAGUAUCGAGUUGCCGCGCACCGUGUGAGCGCGUGUCGAUCGCGUGUUCUUAUUUUGAAAAUUUAAGUGAAAAAGAAACUCGAUUCGAAAAUGGCAUGUCCUAUGAGGUCUAUGAUGGAUGAAAGCACAGCUCAGGAAGGCAACCACCUCGGCAAUGAGGCGGGUAUGCUGUACGGAGAGUAUCUGAUGCUGGACAAACUCCUCUCAGCUCAGAGGAUGCUCAGCUCCGAGUCCUCUAAGCCAGUGCAUGAUGAGCACUUGUUUAUUAUCACCCAUCAAGCAUACGAGCUAUGGUUCAAGCAGAUAAUUUUCGAAGUAGACUCUGUGCGGGCACUUUUGGAUGUGGAAGGACUGGACGAAAGCCACACCAUGGAAAUAUUGAAGAGACUCAACAGGGUCGUGCUUAUUUUGAAGUUGCUGGUGGACCAAGUCAUGAUUCUGGAGACGAUGACUCCCCUGGACUUUAUGGACUUCAGGAAUUAUCUCCGUCCGGCCUCAGGGUUCCAGAGUUUGCAGUUCCGUUUGCUUGAAAACAAGUUGGGUUUGAAGCAAGCGUUGCGUGUCAAAUACAACCAGAGUUACCAAACAGUUUUCGGAGACGACCCUGAAGCUAUGGACGCACUGCAAAAGUCAGAGCAGGAGCCAGCUCUGUUGGCAUUGAUCGAGCGGUGGUUGGAACGGACACCUGGUCUCAACACGCACGGGUUUAACUUCUGGGGCAAGUUCCAAGCUGCAGUCAGCAAACUGAUCAAGGAUGACAUUGAUGCUGCUUCGCAAGAGACCAACGAAAAUGUUCGUCGUCAUCGUCUGCAGGACGCUGAGAACCGCCGCGAAAUCUACCGCUCUAUCUUCGAUCCCGCCGUCCAUGACGCGCUCAGGUCCAGGGGAGAAAGAAGGUUAUCCCACAAAGCGCUGCAGGGAGCCAUCAUGAUCACGUUCUACAGAGACGAGCCCCGGUUCUCUCAACCUCACCAACUCCUCACACUCCUCAUGGAUAUCGACAGCCUCAUCACCAAGUGGCGAUAUAACCACGUGAUUAUGGUGCAGCGUAUGAUUGGAUCCCAGCAGUUGGGCACUGGCGGCUCCUCAGGAUACCAGUACCUUCGCUCUACUCUCAGUGACCGCUACAAAGUCUUCUUAGAUCUUUUCAAUCUUUCAACGUUCCUGCUACCUCGCUCUUUGAUACCCCCAUUAGACGAUGGCAUGAAGAAAAGCCUCACACUAACAUGGGGCGACAAUGCCAAAGAAAACGGACAAAACGUACAAAAUGGCGCGCAUUCGCAAAAUACGGAAAAAGAAACAAAUGGGGAUGGUGGAGCCGAAACAUCGUUUUGGAAAUGA